AUGGCUGCUGCUAGCGCCGAGAUCGCCUCUCUUGUCGCGAAGCAGGAGGCGCAGCUGCGCUUCGUCAAGUUCGACGCUGACGUCGCCUGGCGCGUGGGCACGAGUGUGCGCGACACCUUCCUCGCUGCCCGUGAGACCGGCGUGCAUCCCUCCAACGCCGGGAUCGUGGUCCACAUCGAGACCUUUACGGGCCACACGCUGUUUUCCUGUGCGGUCGGGAGCGCCCCAGCGGUCGGGCCAGACAACUGGCUCUGGGUGCGCGGCAAACUCAACGUCGUCAAGCGCUUCAACGUCUCGAGCUUGCGCAAGGGCCGCGAGAUUGCGGCAAAAGGCCAGACCCCGGAGGAGAAAGGUCUCCACUUUCCCGAAUAUGCAUGCCAUGGCGGCGCUUUUCCCAUCUGGAUUGCCGGGUGCGACGCCGCGCCCGUCGGCGCCAUUGUCGUCUCUGGUCUCCCGCAGCUCGACGAUCACCAACUCAUUGUCGAUUCGCUCGCGCAGGCCCAGGACUUGUUUACUAGCGCCUAG